AUGCUUUGCUUCAUCUACAUCAGCGGCUUCCCCGGCAUCGGGAAGCUCACGAUCGCGAAGGAGCUCCAACAAUUACUCCCCGACUCAAAAGUAUACCACAAUCACCUCCUUAUCGAUCCCAUCGAUGCCCUCGUCGAACGCUCAUCUCCAGGCUACCAUGGGAUACGAACGGGUCUACGGCGAUACGUCCUGAACGAAAUCGCGACGCCGGAAUAUACUAAGGGUAGAACGUGGAUCUUUACAGAUGCGCGAGAGGCAAGCGCAGCGGGAGAAAUGGGCGCGAAGGACUAUGAAGCUGCAGCGAGAAAGAGAGGCGUUUCGUUCUUAUCGAUCGUGCUGGAGUGCGAGAUUGAGGAGAACAUAAGGCGGGCGAUCAAUUCGAUGCGAAGUCAAAGCGUAGACGCGAAGCUUACGGACGAGACGAUCUUGAGGCCGAUUCUGGAGAAAGAGACAAACUAUCGCUUUGGGAAUGAGAACGAAUUGGUGCUUGAUGUCACGAAAUUGAGUUCGAAAGAAGCUGCUUCGCGGAUUAAGGAGCAUGUCGAUCGUUUGGCUGCAUGUCCGUGA